ACGGUGUUUUAAAGUAUCGCGCCGUGUAGAGAUGCAGGGAUGAGGCGAGCUCGUGCAGCGCACGCUGGAAAGUUGCGUUUGACGUAUAGAGCUUUUUGACCGCACGCGCAGCUUUUCCUCAGCUCCUCGCUGCUGACAUUCUGCGUGUGAUGUUUAUUGUACGAACGCCACGAUUGAGGUAUAUAUCACCGUUUUAGCGGCAACAAAGAGAGGAUCGUGCGAUAUUACUUCAGUGCUCCUGCUCUGCGGCUUCUGACGUGUUAUCUAAGACUGGGUGACCCGCGAAGAAGAUCUCCUUGGACUGAUUUGUUCCAGUCACCAUGAAAGCGACACCACGGGCUAAAGGGAAUGGCCUGUGAGUUAUCCCAGUCCUGCCACCUGCAGUCGGGCAUCCUCCUCCUCCUCCUCUGAAGGACGUCAGCUGUUUAUGGGAACUACUGGCAUCGGUCUCUUGAGGAUAUAGCUCUCCUUUUGGGACGCCAUUUUCCACCCUUGCUGACACAGUGUAGCCAGGAGACAUGGCUAACAACUCGUACAGCGGGGUGAAGAACUCUGUGGCCGAGCCCAAUCACGAUGGAGAGUUUGGCUGCUCGGUUAAAGACUUGUGCACUCUCAUGGAACUGCGGGGGGCUGAUGCAAUACAAAAAAUCGAAGAUUCUUACGGGGACGUUAAAGGAAUUUGCAGCAGACUGAAAACGUCGCCCGUAGAUGGAUUAAGUGGGCAGCCCUCAGAUAUCGAAAAGAGAAAAGCAACAUUUGGGCAAAAUUUCAUACCUCCUAAAAAGCCAAAAACAUUUCUCCAGUUAGUGUGGGAAGCAUUACAGGAUGUAACGCUGAUCAUUUUGGAAGUGGCAGCAAUAGUUUCUUUAGGCCUUUCUUUUUAUAAACCUCCGAACACAGAAGGAAUAGACUGCGGGGAGGCAAAAGGAGGAGCGCAAGAUGAAGGUGAAGCAGAGGCCGGGUGGAUAGAAGGAGCAGCUAUCCUCCUGUCUGUUGUUUGUGUGGUGCUCGUAACGGCCUUUAACGAUUGGAGCAAAGAAAAGCAGUUCCGCGGCUUGCAGAACAGAAUUGAACAAGAACAAAAGUUUUCGGUGGUUCGCGGAGCGCAAGUUAUUCAGAUUCCUGUGGCAGAGAUCGUUGUUGGGGACGUUGCGCAAAUCAACUAUGGUGACCUCCUGCCUGCUGAUGGCGUUCUCAUCCAGGGCAAUGACCUAAAAAUUGAUGAGAGUGCUUUAACUGGAGAGUGUGAUCAUGUGAAAAAAACGCUGCAGAAGGAUCCAAUGCUGCUGUCAGGAACUCAUGUCAUGGAGGGUUCUGGAAAAAUGCUGGUCACUGCUGUCGGAGUCAAUUCCCAAUCUGGAAUUAUCUACACGUUAUUGGGUGCGGGAGAAGAAGAAGAGGAGGAUGACGAUAAAGAAAAGAAAAAAGAGAAAAAGAAGGAAAAGAAAAAUAAAAAGCAGGAUGGCUCUGUUGAGAACAGAAAAAAAGCUAAAGCCCAAGAUGGAGCCGCAAUGGAGAUGCAGCCUCUAAACAGCGAUGAAGGGGCAGAGGGUGAAGAGAAGAAAAAAAGCAACUUGCCAAAGAAGGAGAAAUCGGUUUUGCAAGGGAAACUGACCAAAUUAGCGGUCCAAAUCGGCAAAGCAGGUCUGAUAAUGUCAGCUGUCACCGUGAUCAUAUUGGUGGUACUGUUUGUGGUCGACACAUUCUGGGUCCGGAAUUUUCCUUGGACGGCGGAGUGCACACCCAUCUACAUCCAGUUCUUCGUCAAGUUCUUUAUCAUCGGCGUGACUGUGCUGGUGGUGGCUGUCCCUGAGGGACUUCCUCUGGCUGUAACCAUCUCGCUGGCUUAUUCCGUAAAGAAAAUGAUGAAGGAUAAUAAUUUGGUGAGGCAUCUUGAUGCCUGUGAAACCAUGGGCAAUGCAACAGCCAUCUGUUCCGAUAAGACGGGUACUCUGACCAUGAACCGAAUGAGGGUUGUUCAGGUUUUUAUCGCUGACAAGCACUACAGGAAGGUCCCCGAGCCUGAUGUCAUUCCUGCCAGCAUAAUGGACGUGCUCAUACUGGGCAUCAGUGUCAACUGCGGUUAUACCACCAAAAUCAUGCCCCCUGAAAAGGAGGGAGGCCUACAACGUCAGGUGGGCAACAAAACCGAAUGUGCCUUGCUGAGCUUUGUUUUGGAUCUGAAAAAAGACUAUCAAGCAAUCCGCAAUGAAAUCCCCGAAGAGAAGCUUUACAAAGUCUACACCUUCAACUCCGUCAGGAAAUCCAUGGGCACCGUGCUAAAGAACGCUGACGGCGGCUUUCGGUUAUUCAGCAAAGGAGCCUCAGAAAUUCUGCUGAGAAAGUGUUUCAAAAUCCUAACUGCAACUGGUGAGGCAAAGAUUUUUCGUCCCAGGGAUAGAGAUGACAUGGUGAAGAGAGUGAUCGAACCCAUGGCUUCUGAGGGAUUGAGGACCAUCUGCCUGGCUUACAGGGACUUUCCCGCCUCGGAAGGAGAACCCAAUUGGGAAAAUGAGACUGAAAUUCUUACUAGGCUAACGUGUAUUUGUGUGGUGGGCAUUGAGGACCCAGUCAGACCAGAGGUCCCCGAUGCCAUUAAGAAGUGCCAGCGUGCUGGAAUUACGGUACGCAUGGUCACCGGGGACAACCUGAACACUGCCCGCGCUAUAGCAAGUAAGUGUGGCAUUCUGCUGCCUGGGGAUGAUUUCCUCUGCUUGGAGGGCAAAGAGUUCAACCGUCGGAUUCGUAAUGAAAAGGGAGAGAUCGAACAGGAGCGGAUUGACAAGAUAUGGCCUAAACUCCGGGUCCUGGCAAGAUCUUCACCUACAGACAAACAUACACUAGUUAAAGGCAUAAUUGAUAGCACUGUCUUGGAGCAGAGGCAGGUUGUGGCGGUAACAGGGGAUGGCACAAACGAUGGCCCCGCCUUAAAAAAGGCAGAUGUUGGUUUUGCAAUGGGCAUCGCUGGAACAGACGUGGCUAAAGAAGCCUCGGACAUCAUUCUCACCGACGACAAUUUCAGCAGUAUCGUCAAGGCUGUCAUGUGGGGGAGGAACGUGUACGACAGCAUUUCCAAAUUCCUCCAGUUUCAGCUUACCGUAAACGUGGUGGCUGUGAUCGUGGCCUUUACAGGAGCUUGCAUCACACAGGACUCUCCUUUGAAAGCAGUACAGAUGUUAUGGGUGAAUCUAAUUAUGGAUACAUUUGCCUCUUUGGCCUUGGCCACCGAACCCCCCACCGAAUCUCUUUUGCUGAGAAAGCCUUACGGCCGGAAUAAGCCCCUCAUCUCGAGAACGAUGAUGAAGAACAUAUUGGGUCAUGCCAUCUACCAGCUCAUCAUCAUCUUCACGCUACUCUUUGCCGGCGAGAAGAUAUUCGACAUAGACAGUGGACGCAAUGCUCCUCUUCACGCCGCCCCUUCCGAGCACUACACCAUCGUAUUCAACACAUUUGUGAUGAUGCAGCUGUUUAACGAAAUCAACGCACGAAAGAUCCACGGAGAACGGAAUGUCUUCGAAGGCAUUUUUAACAAUCUUAUCUUCUGUUCUAUCGUCUUUGGGACAUUUGUUAUUCAGAUUGUAAUUGUGCAGUUUGGAGGAAAGCCGUUCAGCUGCGUCGGGCUUAACAUUGAACAGUGGCUAUGGUGCAUCUUCUUGGGCUUCGGGUGUCUACUCUGGGGACAGGUCAUCUCCUCUAUCCCCACGAGCCGGCUGAAGUUCUUGAAGGCGGCGGGGCACGGAACGCAGAAGGAUGAAAUCCCAGAUGAGGAGCUGGAGGAAAUGGAGGACCAGGAUGAAAUCGAUUACGCUGAGCGAGAGCUCCGCAGAGGACAGAUCCUCUGGUUUAGAGGCCUCAAUCGCAUUCAGACUCAGAUGGAUGUAGUGAGUGCGUUCCAGAGCGGAGUUUCCUUGCAGGCGGCCAUGAGGCGCCAGCCCUCCAGCUCCAGCCAACAGCACGAUAUCCGAGUGGUGAACGCAUUCCGGAGCUCGCUGUCGCCCUAUGAGGGCUUGGAAAAGCCAGAGUCUCGCAGCUCCAUCCACAACUUUAUGACCCACCCGGAGUUCAGAAUAGAAGACUCGGAGCCUCACAUCCCUCUCAUCGACGACACGGACGCAGAGGACGAUGCCCCAACUAAGAGAAACGCUACACCCAGUCCAUCUCUCCCACCAUCGCCCAAUCAGAACAAUAAUGCCGGUGACAGUUGCAUCCACCUCUUCUUGGAUCCUAGCAAGCCAGCCACACCCUCGGCUCCUGGAAGCCCAAUGCACAGCUUAGAGACGUCCCUUUGAUUAGCUCCGCCCCUCAGUACGAAAGACAACACCUGAGACUUAAGCCUGGAGAACUCUUAGAUGAGAGGGGCGGAGCCAGGAACCUUUUGGGAGCUUAGCUCUUAGCCUUCGCUUCUUUAUUUCUGGAUGGUCUUGUACAUUUUGUUCUUUUGCCCUUUGCUUAUUCAAACACUGAUUCAUUUGGCUGUUAAUAUUUUGAAUUAUUUAUGUUUUUUGGAAGACACAGGUCUGUUUACAAAGUUUGUAGAUACUUGUUUUUUUUUUUUUUUCUUGAAAACUGGGGACAAAUGAAAUAUAAGUUUUAUUUGUUAUAUAGUUGUAGAUACCUUCUAGCCAAAUAGACAACACUAAGGCUUCUAUAGCAGUGAGCAGAGGUAUUGAGGUCCAUAGGAGGUUUGUGAUUGGAUAGAUAAGUGGAGGGGCUGUAGACAAAAGUCAAGCGUUUUAAUUUAAGAUUUUGUCUUCCUUUUGUCUCGGUCAAAAAGAAAAAAUAAAGAAAGGAGAAAAGAUUGAAUUGCUUUGAAAUUUUGUUUGAUAUCUUUAACUUUUUUGUUUGUCGAUCAUACGAAAAAUAGUUUUUUGUUUCUUAUUCCAUAAAGAUUGCUGUUAAGAAAACGUU